AUGCACGAUGCUGUAGUAGUGGAGCUUGCGCAAACGGACUUCGACUAUGUCUUGGCGGAACACUUCAACGACAAGGAACAAUUCAUUUUGUAUGCCAACGAACAGGACUUCGACUUGGACACAUGCCUGGAGAUUUGCGACGGCAUUGAGCUCUUAAACCAGGACAUUAUUGAAUGUCAGGUUGAGGAACGAAGUGAUAUUGCAUUGGCAGAGAGCGAUUUCAAGGAGAUGCUGCAGAUGGAGGAGAACGGCCGGAUCGAUAUGGAUAGCGCCGUUAAUGAUCUUUCCUAA